AAACCAGGCAGUGGUACAGCCUGUACGUGGACUCAGGGCUGCCCCAUAGACACAGUUCAGCACUUGCUCUUGGAAGACAUCAUAUCAUAGUGGCUGUGAUUGCACAGCCAUUCCACUGGCCAGUACUAAAUCAUAGAUGACAGCAUCACAGAAUGGUUUGAGUUGGAAGGGCCAUCUAGCUCUGAACCCCCUGCUGGAGGCUGGGACACUUCCAAUAAACCACGAUGCUCAAAGACCCCUGCAAGAUCUCUUCAAAGUGUAGGGGAACAAUACUUCCUCCAGGUUAGUGUCCUCAAAGAUUGCAUCAGCUCCAGCCCUGCAUCCAGACAUUACGAGACAGUAUCUAUCAACUCUUCCAUAAAGUUUGUGUCCUCCCACUUCGUGAUCUCCAGAUUAAUAUUAAAACAGAACAAUGAGGUGUCCCCCCAAACUUCUUUUCUCCAGACUGAAACAAAACCAGUUCCUUCAACCUAUCUUCAUAGGAGUAGAGACCUGGCCCUUGGGUCAACACAGAGGCCUUCCUCUUCACUCUCUCCAAGAGCUUUUCAACCUUUCUCUGCUUUGCCACAAGUCACAAGUCCAAUCCAGGCUGCCAUCACCAGAAACCCAAUCCCUAAGCUGGGCAUGCACUUCAGCCUCCUGUCUGCCCAUCUGAACACAGAGACAAAGAUGACCCAGUAAGCACAACACAGCGUGUGUUCCUAGCAAACACUGUAUGGUUGCCCAUCACCCAGCCCUCCCACUGGCCAAGACCUCUGCAAGGCCUCUCUGCCUUUGAGAGGCUCAAAAGCUCCUCCAGGGUAGCUCUGUCCUCAAAAUUUGCAUCAACUCCAGCCUUGCAUCCUGCGUCCUUUGCCUCCAGAUCAUACCUGGUAGUUACAGAGAAAGCGCUUGAUCCUGUACAGAGGGGGGUAAUUAUAAAGGCUUUGAGAACAUCAUUGACUUGGUUGGAUUGCAUUCUCUAUUUCUAAAACACCAAACAAAAGCUAAGGAACCAAAGACUGGUUGCACACCUCCUGUUUAUGCAAUCAGCACACUGUAUUUAGAGUCUUUCUCCAAUCUGAACACAAAGAACAGCCUCUGAGCCACUGUUGACAUUACAGAGCAUGGCCUGGGCACACAGAUACUCCCUGACACAAGCUCUGCUAUGCAAAUUGCACAACACUCGCAAAGGUGGCCACAAACUUCGAAGAGACUGCUAUUUGAUUCAGGUACCAGGGCUCAGGAAACUGAUUUCCAGCCCAUCUGCAGAAGCAGAGGGACACCAAGGAGUCCUGCAUAGAGCUGCUCUUGGUAGCACACGAGGAAAGGAGAAGCAAAGCCUCGGUGAGUGCUGGUCACCUUCCAAAGUAGCUUUAUUUGCCUCUCAACUUAAGUUCAAUCAGCUGUGGCUCAGGGCAGGACCAGCAACAAGUGCUGCUCAGUGACAUCAGCUCUGGUGGCUCCAGCCAGCCCGGCCUUGGGUACCACAUGGUGAUGUCACUGUAAUGACACAAGGGCAUCUCCCACUGGAUCGCCCCGGCAGUGCCAGCAGAAUCGCCUUGCCAGCAGGCAGGGAGAACUCUGGCUCACUGCACAAAUGGCUGCGCGUGCAACCUUUGUUCAUUGUGAGAGCGGACACACUGACACGGAAGCUUCUGCUUCUGAUGUGCCGGAGCUGGCCGAGACCUCAGGCUCCACUUCCACUGACCCAGCAGGACAGGACCAAGCACCAGCUGGCCAUGCUGCUGGAACAUCAAUAGUGGAAGAACAGGACUCACAAAUGUUUCCUGAUGAAGAGGAAACCAAAGGUUUACCUCUGAGUUGCUGUGAGGAAAGCAGUGGCCAAGCCAGUGUCUUCUCACCACUCAGCUUCCGACAGGAGCUCUGGGUACUGGCUGAAUGUGAGCAGGUGAAGAGCCUGUGGAGGGGCCAUGGAGGAAACUGCACUGUAAUUGAUGAGGAACUGUCUGUGGUGGAAGUCCUGGCCAAGGAAGCACCUGUGAGAGCAUUUGGCUGUACAAGCAUGAAGAGCUUUGUUCACCAGCUCAACUACUAUGGCUUCACCAAAGUGCCAUGGGACCUGGAAAGAUCUCCAUCCCUUCCUGAGUUUCUGGCUGAGGAAGAAGCCACUGCUUCUCAUAGGAAGGUAAGUGUAUCAAUGGGACCCCACGCAAAGCAGCUCUCACGGCUGCUCUCACAGCUCUCACCUUCAGCAGCACCAACACACCGGGUUCCAGAAGGGCUGCGUCCGGCAAGAGCCGCCACCCUCCUGCUUGGGUGCCCUCAGCACUGUGAGGGUGGCAUGGAACGGCCAUUGUGACUUGCGGGCUGAGGAACAAAGCUGAGGCUGCAGGGCUCAGGCCCAGUUCAGUGCGACUUGGUGAGGUGAGCAGGGAGGAAGGGGCUGUCUGAAGCUGUCGAGGGAGGGAGGAGGGUUCCCCAGCGCUCGGGGGUCUGAGCUGCCAACUCAGCCUCAUCCCGAUUCUCCCAUAGGUUGGCACGCAGAGGACGAAGCCUUGUACUGCUGGGAUAGACACUCUGCGAGUGCUCGCUGUUGAAGCGCAUGAUGUCCGAGGGGACACAGGAGGCCACCGGCUCCAGAGAGCCAGGUGAGAGCAAAG